CCUCUCUCACUAUGUCUGAUUCAUCCUCAGCUCUCCAUAUCAUUCGUAUUAAGAAAGAAAUUGCCUCUUCAUAUCCUGAUUUCGAAGAACGCGUUACCCAAGCUUGGGCCGACAUCCUUGUUGAACUCAAGAAGGGAACCCAGAAAAUCAGCGCCGGGGGACCCGAAUUCGUACCCCAAGUCCAAUUCUCUGAACUUGGGAACCUUCCAGCCGAGAAGAUUGAUGAAAUACGACGCAAGGGUUGCCUUGUAAUCAAGGACGUUGUCGACGAUGCUCAAGCCAUUGCUUGGAGGAAGUCGCUCGAAGAUUUCGUGUCCACAAAUCCAGAUGCAGACGGCUUUCCCGACGGCGACAAGCAGUUUUUCCAUCUCUACUGGACGAAAUCCCAAUUAGAGGCGCGUUCUCACCCCAACAUACUCGCUGCUUCGGCUUGGUUGAACAAUUUGUACCACGCCGAGGCUGGACAGAAGCUUGAUGGUGUUGACUUAUCUUCGCCACUCACCUACGCUGAUAGAUUCCGCAUCAGGCAUCCCGGGACUGGCUGGGUUGCGCACCCGCCACACGUCGAUGGUGGUACUAUUGAACGCUGGGAGGAUCCGAUAUUCAGGUCCUGUUUCGCAGAUAUCUUCAGCGGCCAAUGGCGCAAGCAUGAUCCUUUUUUGCUUGGAGGCCGCGUAGGCGCGCAAAAUUCUAUAUACAGAAGGCCCGAACAGUCCUCCAUCUUCCGCGCUUUUCAAGGCUGGCUUGCCAUGAGUGAAACUGCUCCCACCCAAGGAACCCUUAAAGUCUUUCCUGAUGUGUUGCUGUCCAAUGCUUAUCUGAUCCUCCGCCCAUUCUUCCGUUUGUUGGUGGCGCCAGAUUCCCCAGAAAUCUGGAACCCCAAGAGCUGGGCUUUUGACGUUUCAAGCGCCGAUUUCCCCGGUCUCGUCCCUCGCGAUCGAGGAUGGUACGGACCGAAGCCUACGCCUGAACUGCACCCCAACCUUCUCGAAGAGACUAUGACUUCGGUGCCUAAAGUUUUCCCCGGCGACACGGUAUUCUGGCAUGGUGACCUCAUCCAUUCGGUUGAGAAGGACCACACUGGAAACAGUGACUCAGCGGUUAUGUAUAUCCCGGCCGUUCCUACGACUCCACUGAACCAAGCCUACAUCGAGAAGCAAAAGGAAACUUUUCUGAAGGCCGUCACGCCACCUGAUUUUCCUGUGCAGGCAAAGCCCGAAAAUGUACUAGUGGGCUUUGGAAAGGCUGACGAUAUCUUGAGUCCUUUGGGGAGGAAGGCUAUGGGAUUACCCGUUUCUGUGGCCUGAUGUCUUGUUAUAGUCUUCACUCUAUACAUCACCAACAAGAAUAUGAAGAGAUUGUGCUGCUCGUUGACGGAAGUAGUACGUUUGCCAC